AUGACAAGAAAUAGCUUAGCGCUUGAAAGGGAUGACUCGACGCUUGAUUUUGGACGAGUAUCAGCGAUUUCUUUCAGAACGAGUGCGAGAAUUCCGGCAUUCUUACGGUCCAAAACGUGCAAAGUCGAGGCGCUGACUUUUUCAAGGACAUUAUCUGAAGUAUCAACCGCGAUUUGUAUUGCACGGUCCACAAACUCUGCCAUCCGAACUCUUCAAUUCUCAACCAAUCCGAUCUCGAUUGAAAGUAUUCAAUUUCAGGCUGCUACUAGUGGAAAUGUCAUUAUUUCUGGACAAAACUAUAAUCAUGUAGACGUUGCAGCCAUCGGCAUCAUUUUGGAACGUGAGUGCAAACACCUUCUACUCCUGGAUUUGUCAGAAAAUCCUCUGACUGGACCAAAGGCGAACAAUUUUCAUGGUAUCACAUUUAUGUUCGAGUGCCUAAAAAAGUGUCAACUUCAAGAACUUAAUCUUCAUCAUACGAAUCUGAGGUCGGACGGACUUGUGGCUUUUGCUAACGCCAUCGAAGACUAUCCGGCGCUGAAAAAGUUGGAUCUUGGCUGGAACCAACUGACACUUAACAGCACCGAAGUGGCUGGAGUUGAAUCCUUGUGCAAUGUCCUUUGGCGAAUUCGAACACUUCGUGAAAUCAGCUUGGUUGGCAAUGAGCUGGAUUAUCACAGCGCCACAUUUAUAACUGAAAUGCUCAAAGUAAACUGCACGAUUGAGUCUUUGACACUCGCUCAAAAUCCUUUGGGAGAUGCUGGGGUGAUCGCAAUAGCUGCUGCUUUGAGAAAAAAUACCGCUCUGUUAUCACUCAAUUUGUCAGAUUGCAAGAUUGGAUGUGACGGCCUGAAUGAACUUGCUAUGACACUACAGAAAUUUAAUCGAACACUUCGAACUCUCGAUGUCACGGAUAAUCCAGAUGUGCGGUCGAGGGGAUAUUUAAGCCUGGUGAAAAGCAUAUCCAUCAACUACACGAUUGUCGAGAUUUGCAUGAAUCCUGUAUCAAAGUAUAAGAGAUUUUUGAGCGAGGUCAAGGAAUAUCUUGCUGUCAAUGCGCUGCUCAGUACCGUGCAGAUAGAUCCAAAAGGUUUUGUAGGGUUUCCAGUACUUACCGAGACCCAACGAUCAAACUUUGUUGACAAAUUGGAAAAAUUUAAUGAAAGCGAGCUUCGACUAUUGCACGAUGAAGGUAUUAUGGAAAAGGCGGUACGAUUUUCCGACGAAAAGGAGGCAGCUGGUCUUGCAACCUUGCGUCAUUAUGCAGCAAUCGAAAAAUACGCUUCACUGAAACGACUUUUGUGGUGCUUUGAGGUUGGUCGUCGCCACAAACAACUCGAAAAACGGUCAAAAUUGUCGAAUGACGACGAUGAUUAUGGGUUAUCGUCUUUUGAAAUCCAUCUCAAACAGUGCAAGAAGUUGUGGAUUCAGCAGGAAGAGCAAAAACCAAAAAACGAGCGCCGACCGAUUCCAAAGACUCCACCAAAUCUCGGGCAGGGAGGUUCAGACAAUAGCAAAGGAAUGACUCGACAAGAAAUUGAAGCAGCCAACCAAGCUGCACAGGAAGCGUACAAUGUUCACGGCAUGGAAACGUGUGAAUUUUGUGGGCGAACUUUUGCCGAGGGUAGACUUGCUAUCCACAAUAAAAGUUGUCGAGCUGACAAUAUUUCUAAAAAAGCUGGGGACGGCGCAGCUCCGAGAAAUAAAAAAGAAUCUGAGGUGGAUUACGGCCGCGUGCGUACAGCGAAGGCAGACAAUUCUUCACGGGGUCAAAUCGAAGGUGGAAGCUUAGCUAGCAGCGCAGGUACAAUCAAGCCGAUAGAUGCAGGAAGUGGGGGUGGACGUCCAUUGACAGGCAGUCUUGCCAGCAAUCGAAGAAGAGAGGUUACAGGCACGGCAUCCCGACCGCAAACUCAUUCUUCUAUUGAGCAAAGUGUGAACAUAGACUCGUCUAAACAAGUGCUACAAGGAAAAGAUAGCAUGAUAAGCUCAAUCUGUGAGAAGAUAGACCGUUGGGAAGCCACGACAAAUGCCACGUUGCAAGAAAUCAGAGAUUUAAAAGAUUUACUUAUUCGUUUAAGCAAGUCGUAA